GUGUGGCGCGGGUACUCUCCACACUUUUGCCAUGUUGAUAUGGAUUUUACUCAAGUGAUGCAGAACUGAAACAAGAAUGAUAAAAUGUUUUCGCUGAAACAGAAUUGUUGGUUUAUAAGAAAGGUUGUGAUAUGGAGGGCGGUGGCGAGCAUUGCAUGGUCAGUGCUUCUCUUGCCCGUGACAACUGCAGUCUUUGUGCUCUUGAGUAGAUUCAGCUUGUUUCACCCCAUCCAGUGGAUUUCAGAAUGCACAAGUCUUCUGACGGCCUCAAGCACCAUCUUUACCCUUGUGGUGCUGUGUGGGGUGGUUCUGAUCACUGGCCUUUUCAACCUGGAGUUUUACACUUUGGUUCCCUCCAUUCCAUGUUCACGCAUGGCUCUCCUGGGUACGGUGCUUCACCCACGGCAAUGUGUCCAUUCUUUGGUCUACUGCACCAUGGGCAUGCUGGUAAUGUGGUGUGCUUCUGUUACCAUCGGGGGACGUUACAGCACUCUGGGAAUUCCCUGCAGGCAAAGUGAGAGUGGUGAAGUAGUGACCUGUCUGAAUGAGUAUCAUCUCUUUCUUCUCUUGGCUGGGGCCUUCAUGGGAUACAGUCAUAGUUUCUUGGGAGUGGUUCAAAAUAUGUACUAUGUGUCCUUUCAACCCAUACAACAAUACAAAUAUCCGCGGUUCAAGGGCUGUCUGCCAAUGGUGGUCAAGUGCAGUGUUAUUCAGUCCUUAUAUUCAGCCAGGAAUUUUGCUGCUCUCUAUUUCUUUUUUGGGUAUGCUCCUAAAACCUGGAUCUCCAGCACACUUCAUCUACAGAUAGACAGUUCUCUCCAACCACUGGAUUCACUGACUGGACUUCUAGAUUUCUCCCUCCUUUACCACCUGACGAUCAGUGGCACUUUCCUGUAUUUCACCUGGUAUCUCACUGUGCUUCUCUUCAGGAUUUAUGUCACAGAGGCCUACAGUUUUCCGGUGCAGUCCACAUUUACUGAGGAUGCAGUGCAAUGUCUUCCCAAAGUUUUGGCUGAGACGAACACUUUAGUCAUGAAGUUUUUCGCUCUACAAGACCUCGCUCUGUUAUCACAACAUUCUCCCUCACGCAGACUAGAAGUCUUCAGUCUGAGUCAGCCAGGUGGUCACCCUCAUAACUGGAAUGCCAUCAGUAGGGAAUGUCUGUCUUUGCUGAGUGAGCUGACGCAGAGACUGGUGGCUCAUCAGGAUGCGGUUGCCUCUAAUGGCCGAGUCAAGUCUCAGUCUGCCAGCAGUGACACCAGAUCAGCUUCUUCAAGCAGCUCAGUGAUGUCAGGAACAGAGGACAUUGCUGAGACCCCUCGAUUCGGUGUCCCACUAAGGACCCCUGGUUCAGUCUUCAAGUCGUCGGUGGGGGGUGUGCACAGCGCUUUGACGGCUCCUUUCACCCCAGAUGUGGACAGCCCUUUCUCUUCCCCUGCUAUUCGACGUCUGGUUGGCCAACAGGAACCCCGGUCUCCCUGGUUUGGUACAGUACAAAGCCCCCAUAUCAUGAGGAGAGGGCCCAAACUGUGGAGUGCCUCCACAGAGUCACAAUCCAAUGGCAGUCCUCCUGCCUCCCCUGCCACUGUUCCUAGUCCUCCUGCAGCCAGUGAGAAACCCAGCUUCCUCGCCCAGUGGCUGCAGAACAGGAGAGAGCAGCAUGUGUAUCCAUAGGAACCAAAACAGACAAGCUUUUGAGUGUCCAGUUCGGUUGCUGGGGAAAAAAGGCAGUUCACGUUUCACUGUGAUACCAUUACAUGGCCUAGAGACACCUGUUAACU